AUGCCCGUCGAUCCCGUCUGCAAGACCGAAAUCAACGAAUCCAGCGCCCGCGCCACCACCGGCCAGACCAUGCACGGCGCCAACGAGGUUGACCCCAACGCCGGCACGCGCAGCUUCUACAACGGCGAGUGGUACUAUUUCUGCAGCCUGGAGUGCCGUACCAAGUUCCUCACGGCGCCCAAUACCUACACCGAAACUAGCCUGUGA